AGAAAGAAAGCGUGAGGAACAUAGUCUUUGGCCUUUGUUGCAAACGCAAGGCCCGUCGCCGCACCCGAGUUUCUAUUAGUGUAGACGAGGCACCACCACGGCACCAACACCACCACAGAAAAGGAAGAGGUCAAGGCAUUGACAGCAACAGCUGACACCUCAUCCCACCGACCUUGACGCUGCGAUUGCGCUUCACUCGCACACAACACGACACCUCCUAGACUCCUAGGAGCUCUGACACCUCAAUCCUCCCGCCCUUCCCCAUCUGCCCAUCCUUCGGCCCAUCUUUUUGCUCGGCAAGCCGCACCCCCCUUCUCAACUUUCGCCUCUGGGUUCUUCCCCCUUCUCGGCGCUGUUGGACCGGGUAUCAAGUCAAAGGCCCGGACGAACAACUCAUCGUCCCAUCUUCAUCCUUCGCUUCUGCCCAAUUACCACGCAGUACCGUACUCCCUCAUCCUCUCGCUGUCACUCAAACUGGCAUCGGAUAGAGUUUGUCCAAAAGCCGGGAAGCCAGAGCCAAAGCCUAGAGGGGAACACCAGGGCCGAACACAGGCAAAGACAGGGCACAUUGUUGCAAACAAUAUACCACAGACCGCGGACGAGACAACCGGUCCACGACGCACCCAGCAGCAUUACAUGACAUACAAGACUGUUUCGGUCGGCAAGCCGGCGUCCAAUCCAGUCUAUUAAGUAGUCGUCUCUCUACCCUCCCGAUUUUCCCUUACAGCAACGGCUGCAGCCUGAUCCAGUUUCUCCCGCUCCAUACGCAACGUCCGGCCGAACAUACGGGGCAACACCAGCCUUUUGAGUCCACCACUGCUUGAAGCUCCCACUCCAACCGAACCCUGGUCGCUGAUGAUCGCCGCCAAGACCCACCAUCAGUCAUUUACUUCACGCAGUUGAUCGCACUUUUCAUCCUUCUCGGUUGUCCCCUUUGGGUCCUUUUUCACUGCGUUCUCUGCUUGAUUUUGGACAAGGGUCGGCCACUUUCUGCGUAGCCGCUGGAUACCUUUAAGCUCCUCCUCCUCCUGCAGCUGCUACCCUGGAGUCUACGGAGCAUCCGUACUGAGUGCUCGUACCUUGCCUGGAGUCUUGACCCGAAAAGAAGUUGGCCGAGUCUGCCUCACCUUGCUCCGUCCCUCACUCUCUGCCCACGACCUUACUUCUAUCCCCGCCUCCCCCGGUUUCUUCACCAUACUUUUCUUCUUCCUCCAGACCUGACCCGAUCGCGCCCCCGGCCUCGGUCUCGUCCCGUACACAGAACGCACGCUGCAUUGCUCGUCUUCCACCGCGCUGGCCACCGCAUUGCCGUCUGCCCACGUCGACCUCCGAUCCUGUGCGACCGUUGCUGGAACCGUUACUAUCAUGAACGCUUCCUAGAAGGAAGGAGAUUCUCUUGUCAAUGACCAACUAGGCUCGAAGCCAUCCGACACUCCUUUACUAAGGCCAUCAUCGGUCUAUUUUCCAUUCUAAAAGCUCCAAGCUCGAACUCUCUUACAAGAUACCCAUUGGGACCGCUUCUUUAUUAGUGGACACGACCCCCAACACCGACGACUCUACGAAUUCUACUUCUUUUGGAUAUCAACAAUUUUUCUACUACCCCGUUGCUUAUAAUGCGAGCAAACAUGCCAGCUCCUCUGGAUCUCAGCAAAUCCAAGCUGUCGAUUUCCGACCCACGGAUGAACCUGCGACGAUCUGCCUCACAUACAGGUAACACCAACUACGAGAAGAUUCCGCUGUCCGCCACCUCGUCCCGCUUCAGCUUCAACCACCUGCUCUUCUCGUCGCCGCCGCCGUCCCCAAGCUUACCGGCCCUCAUCCCACCUCCCCGAAAAUCACCCAUCCACCCGCGGCCUAGUCGCGUAUUUCGGUUCACGUUUUGGUUUGCAUUUGGAGCGCUUUUUCUCUACUUUGCAACCUUCCCUUUCCGGAGCAUCUUUGGCGUGCCGAAGCUCAACUUGCCUCAUCUUGGCAAAAACGAUGACUUUGAGAUGGUAGGGCAGGAUGAUUUGCCAGACUUCCCAACUCCUAUCGUCAUCACCGACAAGAGUGGCAAAUCGAAAUGGACUGUCUCAAUCCCCCCGAGUUACGACUUCCCAUUGUCAGUGAAGGAAUAUGGAGACAUGUGUAGCAAGUGUCGUGAGGUGGCUGCCCGUGUGAGGGAUAUGCGACACCGUUCCCAGGUCACCGACCAGAACCUCUUGAGCAACGAUGCCCCGGCCGAUCCAUAUUUCAUCGAUGUCACGGAAGCGCAGGAAACAGGUCUCCUCCCGGAGUUUGCCACUAGCCAGUGGCCGAGCAAGGGUCAGGGCCGAGACGGAGACCUCGUUGGAGAGAAUAAGGACUCUCUGGUUGAGAAGCCUGUUUGCCAGAGGUCAAUGACUUUCGUAUUGGAGACUGAAGAUGCCGGAAUCGGACACUCUAUCAUGCAGCUUUGGACCUUUUACGGGCUUGCACAGAGGCAGGGCCGAGCCUUCUUCAUCGACGACUCCCGGUGGGCGUAUGGCAAAUACACCGACAUCUUCCAACCGCCUCCCAUUCCCAACUGUCGCCCACCACCGCGUCAUGAGAUGAUUCCCUGCCCUCCCCGAGCUCGCCACUUGGUGGUCACCUCAGAAACGGCCAAGUCUCUUUGGGCUGGUUCUUUGAGCAAACCCUAUGCCGAUUUCCGUGCACAGGACGAGGAAGGUCUUCGCGAACUAUUCGAUCUCGCGCACGACGGCUACCGGGCACUGUUUGAUCUCAACAAGGAUGACACUCAGUAUGUCAUCAACAGGGUCAAGGAGGUCAAGACCAAGUCUCUCACAGGAGACGCCAACCCCAACGACGGUCUUGUAGUUGGUGUGCAUAUUCGGCAUGGAGAUUGUCACCCGUUGGAAUACAAAUACCGCGGCACUUACAUCCCGAUGGAGAUCAUCGCCAACCGCGCCCAGGAGAUUAUUGACGCCAACUACAACAACACCGGUAGAGAUGGUGCAGACGACAAACUUGCCAAGAAUCAGUCGCUGAUUGUCAUGGCAUCCGAUGACCCGACUGUGUACGACUCUGAGGACUUCAAGGGCUCGAUGCGUGCCCAGGAGCAGAUCCGUCUUGCCUCCAAGCAGGAGACCCACAAGCCCGCCACGGACAAGCACGUCAUGCACCGUUUCGAGGACGAGUCUUUCGGAUGGGAGGGUGGCUUCUUCGCGGCCAUGUUCUGGAAUCUUGGUCUCUCUUCAAUGAGCGCGUCCAACGCUGCAACGGCGAAGAACAUGCAGCUGGCUCCCUCGGCCGAGACUCUUCGACUACGCGGCUACAUUGGCCGCGCGUAUAUGAUGGACCUUGCUGUGCUCGCCAACGCCAGCGACGCGAUUGUCUGCACCGUCAGCGCCAUGGGUUGCCGCCUGCUUGCCGUCAUGAUGGGCUGGGAGUCCGCCAUGGAGGCACACAAUUGGGUCAACGUCGACGGGCCUUAUGGAUGGACUGGUAUGUCCUUCUGAGCUACCCCGAUGACUGCCGCCUACAUUUGUACAGAAACAAUAAAGGGAGGGCAUACAUGGCUUGCAUAGUUCGGGCCAUGAGGAAAGCAUUCAACUAUUUUUCAUCAUAGCAUGGUUUCCGGUGUUUACGGCGUCCAAAGCAAACAAAGGCAAAAAGCACCUUGUUUUUUUCUUUUUUCCUCCUUUUAUUUCUGGCGCGGAUUCUUCCUUUCUGGGUUUUAACAAAAAAGAGAUACCUCUGCAGUUUGAUUUAUUUAUACCAAACCAACUGCAUGCAUUCAGGGCUGGUGGAUUGCCAUGGCCGACGGUCGUUACUGCAUCAACUAAUUAUAUUACACCAAAAACAACCAUACAAACAUCAAACAACAAGGAGCGCAGACUUUAUAGUCUAGACGCUAGCUAGCAAGA